AGAGAAUGCAAACUUUUCCUCCUGCAGUUGGACUUUUCCCAGAUCAACAGGACUUGAGUUCUGGAAUGGAUUUUCUCUGAUACUUUGGAUGCCACUGCACAACCGUGGCUUUUACGCACAGAAGGGAUCUUUAGGGAAGUUUUUGGUGCUAGAGAGAUAAUCACAUAGGACUGUGUGCCUGUGUGUGUACUUUGGGAUAAGUGGAGCCGUGGUUUGAGGCGUGUGUAUUUGUGUGACAGGAGUGUGCUCGGAGCAAUGUCAGGUGUUUCAAGGAAAGGUUCUGGGAGACCAGGAUAUUAUUACAGACUCCUGAGUCGAACUAGGCUACAGAGACAACGCAGUCGUUCCCGGAGUAGAAGCAGAGCCACAAACAAUAGGGACUCUCCACCUGAGAGAACAGGGCGGAGACGUAGCAUGCCAGGCUCUGCCCCUGACAAAGCCCCACCCACAAUGGAGCCCACUGCUGCUGCUGCUGCUACACCUUUCAGGGUCACAGGGUUUUUGAGUCGCAGGUUAAAGGGCUCUAUAAAGCGCACUAAGAGUCAGCCUAAACUGGACAGGAACAGCAGUUUCAGACACAUCCUUCCAGGCUUCAGACCUGUAGACAACGACAGGUCUCAUCUAAUGCCCAGGCUGAAGGAGUCGCGCUCUCACGAGUCUUUGAUCAGUCCCAGCAGUGCAGUAGAAGCUCUGGACCUCAGCAUGGAGGAGGAGGUCCUUAUUAAACCAGUGCACAGCUCCAUACUCGGACAAGAUUUCUGCUUUGAGGUGAGCACCUCCACAGGUAGUAAGUGCUUUUCUUGUCGUUCAGCCGCAGAGAGAGACAAAUGGAUGGAGAACCUACGACGAGCCAUCCACCCUAAUAAGGACAACACUCGGCGGGUCGAGAACACUCUUCAGCUCUGGAUUAUCGAAGCAAAGGACCUUCCAGCCAAGAAAAAGUACUUCUGUGAACUCUGCCUGGAUGAUGCCCUUUACGCACGCACGACCUGCAAGCUGAAAACGGAUAAUGUCUUCUGGGGUGAACAUUUUGAGUUCAAUAACCUCCCUACUGUCCAGAACAUCACCGUCCACCUGUAUAGGGACUCAGACAAAAAAAAGAAAAAGGACAAGAAUAACUAUGUGGGACUGGUGAGCAUUCCAGCAGUGACUGUCACGAGCAGACAGCUGGUUGAGAAAUGGUACCUGCUCAGCCAGCCCAAUCCGGGUAAAGGGAAAACAGCAGGCCCUAUGGUCCGCAUCAAGGCCCGUUACCAGAGCAUGAACAUCUUGCCUAUGGAACUCUACAAAGAGUUUGCAGAAUAUACCACAAACAACUACAUGCUGCUCUGCUCUGUGCUGGAGCCAGUCAUCAGCGUCAAGAACAAAGAGGAGAUGGCUUGCGCUCUGGUGCAUAUACUGCAGAGCACCGGGAAAGCUAAGGAUUUCCUGACAGAUCUGAUGAUGUCAGAGGUGGAUCGAUGUGGGGAGAAUGAGCACCUGAUCUUCAGAGAGAACACGCUGGGCACUAAAGCCAUCGAGGAGUACCUCAAACUGGUCGGACAGAAAUACCUGCAGGACGCACUGGGGGAGUUUAUAAGAGCUCUGUAUGAAUCUGAUGAGAACUGUGAGGUUGAUCAAUCCAAGUGUUCAUCUAGUGAUCUUCAAGAACACCAGAGCAACCUCAGGAUGUGCUGUGAACUGGCCUUCUGCAAGAUCAUUGAAUCUUACCGUGUGUUUCCACGGGAACUUAAGGAGGUGUUUGCAUCAUGGAGACAGGAAUGCAGUAACCGGGGACGACCGGACAUCAGUGAGCGUCUUAUCAGUGCCUCAUUGUUUUUGCGAUUUCUGUGUCCGGCCAUCAUGUCGCCUUCACUCUUCAACUUGACACAGGAAUACCCUGACGACCGCACUGCACGCACACUCACUCUAAUCGCCAAGGUUACGCAGAACCUUGCAAACUUCACCAAGUUUGGUAAUAAGGAGGAGUACAUGUCCUUCAUGAAUCAGUUCUUGGAGCAGGAAUGGACCAACAUGCAGCGCUUCUUGCUGGAGAUCUCAAACCCAGAAACCAUCUCAAAUACGGCAGGCUUCGAGGGCUACAUUGAUCUGGGCCGCGAGCUCUCCACCCUGCACUCCCUGCUAGCUGAGGUGGUGUCCCAAAUGGACCAGAGUGCCGCCUCCAAGCUUGGCCCAUUACCCAGAAUUUUAAGGGACGUUCAUGCAGCGUUAACAAACCCACCGAAUGUACAGAUGAGCACUUCUUCUGAACGCGUGCCCUCCCCUCCAGUCCCGGGAUGCAGCAUCUCCACUGGAUUACAGAAGAUGGCAAUCGACACUGACCUACCAGGCCCAGUGGACUUCACUCGCCUCCCUUCCCCCACUCCUGAAAACAAAGACCUCUUCUUCGUCACACGAUCCUCUGGCCUUCAUGGCUCCCCUGCCCGCAGCUCCAGCUACUCCGAGGCCAAUGAACCCGAGCUGGGCCUGGCCAAUGGUGGCAAGAGCCUCUCCAUGGUAGACCUUCAGGAAGCGGCCAGGGCAUUAGAACCCAUUGUCAUCCCAGUAGGUAUAACUUCAGAAGGCUUUAAUGAGGGUGCCAUGGUUCCUUGGAAUGCACGGACUCCUCAAGGCAAUGUUGCUGGAGGCCCCACUCUUCAUAGGCCAGGACAGACUCCCACUACCCCAGGGGCAGAAGGGGCCCCAGGCAGGCCUACACAGCUACUGGCCCCACUAUCCUUUCAGAAUCCAGUCUACCAGAUGGCUGCUGGGUUGCCCGUAUCACCUAGAGGGACAGCAAGUGGGGAUUCUGGGUCGGAGUGUCACAGCUCCGUCAGUUCCCAUAGCAACAAUGAGGAGAGUCUUGGAGGAACCAAGCACACCUUCCUUACCCAGGUGGGUGGAGUGGGGGAGGAGUUUGCGAGACGUUCUGGAGAUUUCUCUAGACGACAGCUAUCACUAACUGAUGCACAGCAUGGAAACCAGCCUACAGUUCCAUGGCACAGCAGCGUGGGUCCCCAGCGGCGGAUUGACCAACCACCGCCACCCACACAGACUGCACCCAGAGGGCGAACUCCACCCAAUCUAUUGAACUCUGCCCCCUAUCCACGUCCUUCCAAUAAUACUGUGAUGUCAUCGUCACCUGAUUGGCCUGGAAGUGGUGCACGACUUCGACAGCAGAGCUCCUCCUCCAGAGGGGACAGUCCAGAAACAAAGCAUCGUGCGGCGCAUAAACAAGCCCUGUAUCCAGUAAACCCCAGUGCACUGGACCGAACUGCUGCCUGGCUGAUGAAUGUGCCAUAUAUAGAGCAAGAGUCUGAGACAGAGCUAUGCAGAGAUGAGCAUACACAAGCUGAAAAGUAUCAGGCGGAGAUCUCUAUGCUGCAGGAGAGGCUGCGUAUGUCAGUUCAGAGGCUGGAGGAGUAUGAGGCUCGGCUGAAGGGACAGGAGGAGCAGGCACAGAAGAUGUUACUUGAGUAUCAGGCCAGACUGGAUGAGUCUGAGGAGAGACUGAGACGGCAGCAGGAAGACAAAGACCUGCAGAUGAAAGGCAUCAUCAGCAGGUUGAUGUCUGUGGAGGAAGAGCUAAAGAAGGAUCAUUCUGAUAUGCAGGCCGUAGUUGACUCCAAACAAAAGAUCAUUGAUGCACAGGAGAAACGGAUAGCGUCUCUGGACGCAGCUAACGCGAGGCUAAUGAGUGCUCUGUCACAGCUGAAGGAGCGCUAUAGCAUGCAGACGCGGAACGGCAUCUCUCCCACCAACCCCACCAAGCUGCAGAUCACAGAGAAUGGAGAGUUUCGUAACAGCUCUAACUGCUGAGCGCAGUUCCAUGGCAGCUUCAUCUACAGAGAGAGAGAGAGAACAGUAUGAAGAGAUAGAGUAUAUUGUGUAAGUGAAUACUGAGAGAAAUCAUUGCAGGUGAGGAUUUCUACUGGAUGGACACUGACAUCAAACUUUAACAGAUGGUAAACCAUUUGUUUGUAAUGUGGUAAAAGGUCACUUCAAACGUUGGCCAUUGAGACUACUGGUCAAGAACUUCAAUUUAAGACACAUCACUAGACAUUCAUGUAUGUGUCAGCAGUUAACUCUACAAACCCCCCCAUAAUAAUACAGCUGAGAUAUGGUAACACCAUACAGACAUUAUACAGAUACUACGACAUUCUAGCCUGCUAUUUCCAUCCAAAGUCAUUUGACUUGCUUCAAAAUAGUUGUUCUCCAAAUGGAAAAACUAGAUUUUGUGGGUCACAUUUAUUUUAUAACGCUCUCUUCUCUAACAUUAACUUUGGAACUGGCUGAAACUAAAGCAUGAUCAACUUCAACUCAUGGUGGAGAAUUUAAUGCUCUCCUUUAUAUUGCAUCACUACCUGUUAUGUUUUUACCAGUUUCUCCUUACAACGUUCAGCCAAAACAUUAAAACCACCUGCCUAAUAUUGUGUAGGUCCCCCUUGUGCCGCCAAAACAGCACCAACCCGCAUUUCAGAAUAGUAUUCUGAGAUGCUAUUCUUCUCACCAAAAUUGUUCAGAGCGGUUAUCUGAGUUACCGUAGACUUUGUCAGUUCGAACCAGUCUGGCCAUUCUCUGUUGACCUCUGUCAUCAACAAGGCAUUUCCAUCCACAGAACUGCCCCUCACUGGAUGAUUUUUGUUUUUGGCACCAUUCUGAGUAAAUUCUAGAGACUGUGUGAAAAUCCAAGGAGAUCAGCAGUUACAAAAAUACUCAAACAAGCCCGUCUGGCACCAACAACCAUGCCAUGGUCCAAAUCACUGAGAUCACAUUUUUUCCCCAUUUUGACUUUAACUGAAGCUCCUGACCCGUAUCUGCAUGAUUCUAUGCACUGCUGCCACAUGAUUGGCUGAUUAGAUAAUAGCAUGGAUGUUUGUUGGUGCCAGAUGGGCUGGUUUGAGUAUUUCUGUAACUGCUGAUCUCCUGGGAUUUUCACACACAACAGUCUCUAGAAUUUACUCAGAA